UAUCAGGGCUGGUGGGCAAGCCGAUAGUUGCUGUAUUCUUAAAAAUGGUGACAUAUUUACGGUUUCCAAUAUAGCAACUUGUCGAGACACCCAGGAAUUAAUGAUCAUCGGUCGAAAACUCGCAUUCGAAGAUAAUUUUUUUAAUAUUCCCUGCCCAUCAUUGGCUCUAGGAAUAUAUAAAAUGAAAAACAUUAGCAAUCAACAAUUAUCUUUACACCCGCUUAGUGAUAUUAUUAACAAAUGUGUAAAGCUCCCAUACAAAUCAUCAUUUGUUAUCUUUCCUUUUCUACAUACCAAUAACCACUGAAUUUGAGAAAAAAGUUUCUAAUAUUCAGAGAGAACGAUGGAUAAGAAUAAGAAGUAGUCACUUGUGUCUAUGAUAUGAAAAAAGUGCGCAUCUGUAUAUCCACGGGUCAUUUCGAUUCUAUUAUAUUAUUUGGUUAGUUUGUUUUGAUAAUCAUCGGUUGUGUUAUUCAAUAUAAUUUUUUUCAUAAUUCAUGUAUUGAGUUAUAUAAUUUAUUUAGCUUUUGGUGAGAUAUGGACGCUGGACGAUACGUCGUGAUAGAAUUCCAUGACGGCGUCACUCUUGCUCCCGAAAAAUGGUUAACUCCUAGAAAAAAUCAUUGUUAUUGGCCUCCCUACAAAAGCAACUCGAGGACGACAAAAGCAGUCGAAAAUCAAGAGAAUGUUGCUGAAAAUUGGACCCUGCACGAUAUUAAGCAAAUAUUAACAUCGACAAAAACUUAUAAGCGUGGACAAGCGAAGUGUGUGGAAGCGUUACAAAUGUCCGAUAUCAAUACCGAUACAGAUGUCGAAAAGAUUACAACACAAAAAGGACAAAAACCACAAUCGUCUAUUAACAUCUCGCCUUUUCCUUCAUUCCCCUCCGAUGAACAAAUACAACCCACGGACCAUGAUAGCAAUACUAAUGCUAAUGCUCAUGACGAUAUUAACGAAGUAUCGGAAAAUAUGAUGGGACCAAGACGUACGGAUGCCGUGACAAAUAGCACCAAAAGAAAACGAGCUCGUGAUGAAAAUUUAUUUGAUGAGCCAAUUCGAGAAAAAAAGACCUUUGAAUUCGAUACCUAACAGUAGCUAUCGCAAUGAUAACAGCAACCAAACAAUUAUGCGAGCAUUGGCUAAUAUGGAUUUAAGAAUAGAAACUAUACUAGCGGAAGUUCGUGAUAUCGCACGCACGUUGUCAGCGAAUACAGCUGAUAAAGAAAUCGAAAAGACGGAAAGCCCGCUUCUAAAAGAUUAUCCUGUGGCAACUGAAGCUUUACUAACCAAAGUAGAGCAUCGUUUAUCGACUGAUCCAGAUUAUCUCAAUAAUUUAAUCAAAGACUUGGCUAUUUUUGUACAAGCUGACGUCAAAAGUACCGUCUCAAAACUGAUGCAGGAAAUUAUGUCCAACUCUGUUGCUGCCAAUUUCAGUUUCCAUGGAGCACAUAAGAAAAAAGCUUUCGCAAAGUUGAAAUUAUACAACGUUUUAUCGAGAGUCGUCCGAUUCCGGUUCAAAAACCCGGUUGUAACUAAUAAAGACAUUAAUGACCCCAUUAAGUCAUGGCUUCGCCAUGCUCCCGCCCGCUUGGCACGAGAACACAAAAAAGAUGCAGCUUCAAACAACGACGGAGGUCCCCUAGAAAUUGACGAUGCUGAAGCAGAAACCAAUGACAAUACUGAUUGAUAACCGAUGUGGUCAACGCAAAAGAAAUUUUUAAGAUGUUUUGUUUUCAUUCACAACAAACAAAUUCAUGUCUCUGACAUUUUUUUUAAUAACAAAGUGAUAUUCUAAAAUAGAACCAAUUUUAUGCCAAUUGUUAAUGUUCAAACGUAAUUCAAUACAACGUAAAUCGAAAAUAUA